CUUCAGUUCACUCUCUCCGGCUCUCGUUCUUUAACGGGCGAGAUGAAUUACUGAAGCUAAAAGAAGCUAAAGGCUCAGUAAUAUGUUGAAUCUAUGCUUGUGUGACGUCCGGACGCCCUCAAACUAUGAGGACUGCAUGAGGAAUCAAGGACAGAGGGGAGACAGCUGAGUUGAUGGAAGUAAGAAGGAACCAAGUCUUCCUUUAGCCUAAGUGCUAAAAGGGUUAAGAGGAUGAGCCAUCAGGUUUGCAUAAUGCGGAGUGUGUGGGGGCUCCUACUGCUGUGUCCCAUGUCAUGGGCAUCAGAGCCAGUAGUCAUCGAACUGGAGGCCUCCAUGCAUUCUACUCUGCUUUCGGACAUGCAGGCAUCUGUAUCCAGUAUAUCAACAGUAUCAGACUCUGUUGCAGUGGUCGGCCGGAUGUUCAGGAUGGGGAUCCCCCUGGUGUCAGAAGACUGCAGUGCCAUAGACAUUUUAUCUGGGGUUGGCAGUGCAGCGUUCCCUGAGUGGCUUUAUUGGGACAGUCAGCGUUGUCUUUUGCAAGGUCUACCACUAGAGGGGGAUAAAGGACUCUAUCGGUUUAGCUUGUCGUCUGAAGCCUUACAAAGUCAUGAUGGGAGUAUACAUAGUCACCUACUUCUCAGUGGAACCAAAUUGAGCAGUAGCUCUUACACCAACAAUCGGCAACCAGAUGUCUUCAUUAUCACAGUAAACACAGAUGAUCAACAGGAUAUAGAAUCUGCUUCAGUGGCACUGCAGACACAGUCAAACACAACAAAUGUGUGUAUUUGUUCAAGUGGCCAGCCAGCUACAGUGCUAACCAUAAUCCUGGAUGCAGACCUCACAAAGAUGAACUCGAGGGAGCGACUAGUGCUGCUUCAAAAAAUGGCUCACUUUGCUAAUGAGCCACCAGAGCUAAUGCAGGUCAUGCCAGUUAUUAACAACCGUUUUUUUGAUAUGACCGCUUUUAUGGCUGGACCUGGUAAUGCAAAGAAGGUGGUGGAGAAUGGUGCUCUGUUAUCAUGGAAACUCGGUUGUGCGCUUGACCAAACCACCUUACCUGAUAUUAGUGGGGUCCAGGUGCCAGCAAAAGAUGGUACUAUGUCCACUCUAAUCGGUUACCCAGUGGUUGGCUGGUACAUUGUAAAUAAAAAACCUCAGCUGGUCAAGCGUAUCAGAAGACAUAUUCACAGCACUCCGACACCAGUGCCUUCCCAGUUUCUUCCAACCACUUAUUUAUUACCCGCAGAGCGUAUUGUGCCAGCUCCAGCAUCCCCUUUCAUUGCUCGCUCCACAAAGUUGUUGAUAAAUCCAGCUCGUGGUCCUCUGCCCUUGCCGGUUAAACCUACCAUCCGUAUGCGAGAUCACAUAGCUUACACGCCUGUACUGAGCCAACCUCUUCCUAGUCAAGUCCUGGGCAGUACCAGCACUGUCUCCCUGGAACCGACACUAACUCGCCCUGGUUACGUGGAGCCCACUGCCUCUGUUACUCCUCCGACUACUCGCAGACCCAAGACCACCUCAAAAAAGGGCAGAAAAUCAAAGAUCACUCCAGUGCCCAGGGAGCCAAAAACUACAGAUGCCCCUUCCACCAGUCCAGUGACUAACCAAAAGCCUCAUUUACAUAACUCUAUUGGUGAAGUAAAUGUGUGGGUUGGAACAUACUUUGAGAUGAAGAUUCCAGCUGAUACGUUCUUUGAUCAGGAAGAUGGAAACACAGAAAAUUUGCAGUUGUUAUUACAACAAAAUCUCUAUCAGACACUGGAUCAAGGCUCUUGGAUACAAUUUAACAGCAGCACUCAGCUUCUGUAUGGCCUUCCUGACCAAAGUCAUGUUGGCAGACAUGAAUUUCAAAUGAUAGCAACGGAUAAAGAAAAUUCAAGCACCAUGGAUGCUUUUGAGGUUUAUGUAAACCACUGGCCAUUUGAUGACCAAUCACCAGUUGUGUUUACUGUUCGCUUUCAAGGAGAACCAAACAUGUUGACCAACGAUAUCAACAAGAAAAUCCUAUUUUGCAAGAAACUUGCCUCUGCACUGGGUGAUCGCAACAGCAGUUCUGUCACACUAAGAAAUAUUUCAAGUGGCUCUAUUCUGGUUGAAUGGACCAAUAGCAGCUUGCCUAAGAAUCCUUGUCCAACUGGACAGAUUCAAGAGUUGUGUCAUAGGAUUUCAGAUGCCCAAGGUCAUCCCACAUCUUUAUUUUACAGUGCAAUGGAGCCAGACUUCAAACCAAUCAACGUUGGGGCUCGUGGUGUCAACAAAUGCCAAAGGUUCUCAUUUGUACCACCUGGAGAAGUCUCAAUUCCAGAAUCACCUGAGAAUAGUUCCGCUCUUGUGCCAUCCACAAUCACACCUUCAUCCAGCUCAGGCUGGCAUCGCAGCGAUGAUGUCUACUUACACACAGUUAUCCCAUCUGUGGUCGUGGCUGCCCUGCUGCUCACAGCUGGUUUCAUUGCAAUGGUUUGCUACAGAAAGAAACAGCGGGGGAAACUGACUUCAGAGGAACAGGCGACCUUCAUCAAAAAGGGUGUUCCUAUUAUUUUUGCAGAUGAGUUGGAUGAUCCUAAAUCCCCACCCUCGUCCAGCAUGCCGUUAAUCUUGCGUGAAGAGAAGCCACCUAUGCCUCCCCAUUAUCCAAGUUCAGCCUGUGGAGAAGUCCUAGAAGAAUACAUCUCCUUCAAUGAUGAUGAUGAUGACCCCAAUGCUCCUCCUUACCAGCCUCCCCCUCCUUUUACAGUUCCUAUAGAGGGCAGGGGUUCUCGACCGAAGAACAUGACCUCCUAUAGGUGUCCACCACCCUAUGUGCCCCCCUAAUACAUAACUAUAUAUAUUAUAACUGGCUCAUUUUAGGCAUAUUA